AAUGUAGUGAUCACAUGACACCACAGGACGUAAACAAGUUCUUGACACAAGUGUAUACACAUUGAUCAUUACCUUAUCAUCAGUCCUGACAGAAGUGAAAGCUGUCAAACCAAAAUAGCGUUUUCUAAAUUUUCUUAUAUAUUUUGUUUGCAUUUAUAAGUGGUAAGUUGUUAAAUUUACUAGAAUAAACCGCAUUUUAAUUAAUGACAUCACGAAUCAUGCGUCUAUUACUACUACUACUAGUUAGGUGGUGGUCACCAAUGACCAAUGCAAAUGCCAAUUUCAAUCAAUUUGUGAUGAUGUGUGACACAUACAUUUUAAUAAGUGUCUAAUUCUUUUACAAACUUGUGAUGAUGGGGUGGAGAGGCCAGUGUAAGUAGGAAGAUGGUUGCUGGCACUUUUUUUCCUCUGUCUCUAUGUCUUAGAAUGUCUACCCUCUACAUGAUUAUAAGGAGUGGCCUGGGUAACAUUUAAAAGACACAAGGCAGCAAGCCAUAAUUAUAAUUUUAUUUUACCAUCAAUUACUACACACAUAUUAUGAGAUACUGGAGCUCUGAAAAUGUUAGCUCAAUUCUAUACAGUACAGACUACAGUGUAUUUAGCCUAAAUAUUCUGACCCACUUAUACAUUAUAAAUAGAAAUAUGGGGAGGAAAUAAAGAAGCGAAGUAAAGCUAAACAAGCAGAGUAAACUAAAGCUAAACAAGCGGUCAACUAGGGCGACAGUAUCAAAGGACAGUAUUUGAGAGCUACAACUACAGGUAUUUUCUUUGAUGACAUGGGCAUGGGGUGACAUGAAAUAAGAUCCAUGCAGGCCAAUUUAGCAGCUGGAAUAAUAUAGGCAUAGGCCUACACUAACACAACAUAAAAAAAAAUUUAAUUAACCCUCUGGAGACGUAAGGGCCGAUCUAUCGGCCCGAGGUACACUAGCGAGAAAGACGUCAAGUCCGAGCCGUCGGCCUGAUAGAUCGAGUCUCAUGAUUGGCUGGCUUGGCGUUGUACCAGCGAAUCAAAAUUAUUCAUACGUAUUCCUGCACAUCCCGGCAUUGUAAUGCCGGCGUUCGUUGAAUGUGAACUCAAUUUAUUUGUUUGCAGGAAUUUUUGUGUGUGUGUGUAGUUACAUCGUGAAUUUCGAACAUGUCUGACAGUGACUCUGAUCAAACUGUGCUUAGUGAUUUUGAUGUUCUAGCAGUGAAUUUGACACUGAAACUGAUGAAAACAACCAGGGAAUUAAUGAAGACUUUCAAAUUGAGGGUAAUGCUAAUGUUGUGAACUCUUGGUUUAGUAUUACUAGUAUUAGGGGUCCUCAAAUGGACAGAGAUGACCCCUCUGAAUUUUUAGUCAACAUAAGUCCUAUAAAUAAGGCAUAAGCACCCCAUUUGAGUAUUUUAUGCUAUUUUUUACACUAAAUAUUACUCAAGUGUUAAUGAGGGAGACCAAUUGAUAUGCAGACACAUUUGUCAGUAACAUCCAGCUUAAGAGAAGGUCCCUAGGUCAUUAUUGGGGGCCUGUUACAGUGUGUCUGUAACAACUGAAAAAUAGGGGGUGGGAAAGGAGUAGAACCAUGUGCCAGAGGUGUCUGAAGGGCUUUCAUGGGCCUUUUUCUCCAAAAAAAUAAGUAUUAGGACUUAUUCAGGCUUCACCCAUCAAAAAAUUCACACAAUUGAUACAAGUAAGUCAUGUUUAUUCUAGGUGUAACAAAAAAAAUACACGCAUAAAUUAUGCAAAUAAGGGUAGCUCAUUUGCAUAAAUUUUGAUAUGUCAGUUUGAUUCAUAAAGAUUGUAUUAGUUCAUUCAAUUGCCUACAAGAAUAUAUAUAGUUUUACACAUAUUAAGGGAAUAGUUUAUUUUUUAUAAAUUUUUUUGCAAUGUGAGUCUCGAGCUCAUAAAAAUUGCUCUGUCUUUUUGGCACAUACACGCCGAAAAGGCUCCGUCUCCAGAGGAUUAAGCACUCCUCAGUGAAAAAAUUCAAAAAUGAGUUAAAAUGUAUUAACAUUUUUUUUUCUAAAAGAUAGAAAUAAAACUUCUAGAAGUUAGCACUGAUGAAACAGCCAUUUAAUUUAAGAAAGAUAAAAUUAAAAUAUUAGAAAAUUAUCUUCAAAUUAUGUAUUCAUCGUGAUUGUAUGCAUAUAAUUGUAAGUACAAUUUGUUUUUAGUUCAAUAAAUAUAUUUAAAUUAUAAUUUUAUAUUAUGCUGCCCCUGCUUUGGAAUUUGUUUCCCAAAAACAUGGUUUAGUUUGGUCUUAUAGUAAAUCCGAGGCCAAGUGGUCUAAACUGAGCAAAUCUCAAGUUGGUGGUCUGGAGUUCAAUUCCAGCCAGAGCCCAGUUAAGCAAAAACAUCACCAGCACUCGGGGUGGAUGGGACUUGUUAACCUUGGAUGGCAACUCAUCUAAGAGAAGGAAACUCUGAAAUCAAACCCGGAGAUGGAGUCCCGAAAAGUGGAUAACAUUGAUACAAUGAAACCUUCUGACAACUCCUGCGAACUGUGACGUCGCUGGUGCCAAGCUAUAUCAUCCAAUGAUGUUUCCUUGGGUUAUACAACGGCAAGGAGAGAGGUGAUUUGCUGUUGGGAACCAGCUUAUAAUCCUUGAAGAAUAAUCCCAGGCCAUGUGGAUUUCAUCCUCCGAAGCCCACUCCAUCGUGACAUUGUGACGGACGGAUGCAAGCAAAAAAAAAAAAAAAAGUAAAUCCACUUCUGUCAUUAUGACUUUGAAAAUUAUCAUGUGCUUAUAAUGGAAUUUUCCGUUGGUACUACGCAUGGGUGGAAUAAGGCGUUUUAGGCUGUGGGUACAGACAACAUAGGGACACAUUUCUGUGCAUUGUCCAUAGAUUGUAGAAUGCCCAGGCCCUUGAUCCUUGAGCACCGUGGACUAAAUAAUUGAACACAUAGCCUAUAGCACGAUGACUAUCAUCAAUUAGAAGAAAUAAAGCCUGGAACCAAAUGGCCCUUUAACAUUGUGUAUUAAUUAUUUUUUGUGAUGUUAGGCGGCACCAGUACGUCGCAACUUUUAAAAAAUCGUUAACUAAUGACAAAGCUUAAACAAAUUAAAUAGUUUGUUUAUAAUAGUUUAAAUUACAUAUAAUUAAAAAAAACAUUACUAUUUAUUAACAAUUAAACAUAAAUGAUUGAUAUAAAUGCAACCAGGUCGUGGGACACUUAAAUUUCAUAGCAUUUCUCUGAUGCUCAAUUAAUAGAAUGUAGAUUGAUGCACAAAUCACGAAAAUGAAUCCUUGUAUUUUAAAUUUAUCAUAUAAUUACCUAUCAGCUGGGUUGUUUGUCCCCAAACCCUGCCCACAAUUCGGUUUGGCUGUGGGGCCUUCAGUGCCCUUGAUUUCUUUCUCUGCCAUCCCCCCACCACCAAUCAAAGUGACUUAUGAUAAUUUAGUGAAAAGUGGAUAUAUCUCAAAACCUUGGGGCCACAGAAAAAUGGUAUUAAUUGCAGGUUCAGCUAAUGUAAAAAAUUAUUACAUUCCGAGGCGAGUUAGCGCAUAUGGCAGGAACAGCAGCACUAUUUCAUGUUUUUUUUUUAUUUUCAGGAUUUACUAGGCCAAAAGGCACUAUAUGUUUUCAGUGGGAGGGGCGGCGGCAAACUCAGAAUCUGCACAAGGUGGCAUAGUGUCUCACUACACCAUUGGGAGGUGGUCAGAGUGACCAAAAUAUUGCGGGACGUUAAUGUACGGUCCGACUGGACAAAGCCACCUUCAGUGUAGGCUCAGAAGCCACAGCCAAUUAUUUUUCUUUGUGGUACACCUUACCCCCCUACCCCAUAGAUUCUCAAACUUUUUCAAUUCACAGUGCCCUUGCUGCAACCAUGUUUUCUCAGAGCAACCUUUGUUAAAUUAUAACAUGGGCUCUGUGUAAUGGCAUAAGAUGGCAUUGUGAAAUUUUUUUAAACUUACCGUUGCCCUCUGUGAAUAAGUGGCAGCUCCUCUUCGAUGUGGCAGGGUUUAGAAUCCCCUGCACUAGCCUGGUACUCACUCAAUGUUAGUUUUUUUGUCAAGGAUUCAAUUAAGAUUAUUUUAAAGGCCUAGAUUCUAUAUUUGAUAAAAGCAUGGGCGAGAAAAAGAAAUCUUAAGUACACCAUGAAAAGCUAUAGCUAUGGUUACAAUGAAUCUGUUGACUUUCUAUUUGACAUCAAUAAACUAUGUUUAAUAAAUUAGAUUUGUUUAAAGUGAUGAAUAUAAUUUUUUUGCGCAAACAGAAAUUAAUCUAAGCUAAUUAACAUACCAUUUUAACCUUUUGUUCACUGCCUGGGCUAUGUCUCUUGAACAAAUUUAUGAUAUUAAGUGAAGAACAACCUCUUUUAUCUUCUGAUUUUCUAAACUUAUUCAUAUUCAUGUCUUUGUUUAUUUCUUUCAGUAAACAUGAGCAGCGUACAUCCAAGUGCUUAUCCUUCUGCUCCACCCCCUUAUGACAGUGCUUAUCCCCCUACAAGCUUUCCUGGAGGUGCACCACCCCAGGGCUAUGGUCCUCCACCACCCCAUGGAUAUGGUCCUCCACCACCCCAGGGAUAUGGUACAUCACCAGCUUAUCCACCACCACAAGGAUAUCCACCAUCACAAGGAUAUCCACCUCCUUCUGGGUAUGGUCAGCCUCAACAAGGUGCUUACGGUCAACCAUAUGGAUAUGGCCAGCCAGGUGCAGCAUAUCAACAGCAACCACAGCAAGUGUGAGUUUGAAUUAUUUUGAAAUGGCAGGAAUUAAUUAUGCAAAUAGAUUUUUAUGUAAUUUAUAACUUGGUGCUGGGUUAUAAUUUUAACAUAACUUUUUCAGUUCUGAUAAACACAACUAACAGAUAAGCCUGUCAACUCGCUAAAAGAAUAAUUUUUCUAAAAAGAGGUAAUAGCAAGGAGAAACCUAAAAACAAAAUGUCAUUGAUUAGGAUUAAAGUGAUCGAUAGAAAGUUUUUCAACACUUUUCAUUGAAUAGUAAAUAAUACAUGUGUCGGUGUUCUUUUUUUUUUCCACAAUAGUGUCUAUGUACAUGAAGAAAGAAGGAAAAGCCAUGAUAAUUCAGCCGAGACAUGUUGCAUCAUUGCUUUGUGCAGUGCCCUCUUGUGUUGCUGCUUGUGGGAUUGAACAGGACAUUUGAUAAAUCCUGUCUCAUUGUGUCGUGUGUUUCUGGCUCAGUCAUUGGUACAAGUUUAACCUUUAAUCUAAGCAUUCCAACAUAAUCCAAUUUAUACGGUAUUUUUAAUUAAUUUUUAGUUUAAAGUGUAUUUGCAUGUCAUUAUCUACAUCAAAUGCUGGUUGCGAAAUUCAGGAAUGUUGCAAUGUCACAUGACAAAAGGGAUGAAGGUUUAAAGCUUAAAAUUGUUUCUCGACAAUGUUCUCAAACUUUUCUCUAUGAAACCAAAUGAUGUACAUAAUUUUAAUGACAUUUGGCUCAUCUGGGUAUGAAUUCUUGUUCUUAUCUGAGAAAUUUUCCAACAAGUAGAACCUGUUCGUUUGUUUUGUAGAUCAUCUAAAUUUAAAUCAUUCAAGUUUUUAAUGUUAAAUAAAAUAUUUAUAUCUGUUAUUGUGAAAAUACAUUUUUGUACUUUUUAAAUAUUAUUAAGUUGAACAUUUUUUACACAAAAAAUAUUUCUUGUCAUCAAGCUAUCUGUGGUGUUGAAAAUGUAUAUUGUUUCUCUAAGCUAAUUGUUGCAGCCUCAGAGCCUGUUAUAGCAAAACACUUGGUGUUAUUUUAAUAUUUAUCAAAUGGCAUUAAGUUUGCCAUGUUUUCAAGGUCAAAAGGGAAUUGUUUAUGUUACUUGUAUAUAAAAUAUCGUUUACUAUAAUAUUUAUAAGCACUUGGAGUAAAUGCAUUAGCGAAUCUCUUUGCUAACGAUUUGAGAGUUGGGCAGAGAAUGUAGAGUAUAUUUCGUUUUUGCUAAUUUUUUCAUAUUUAAAAUUUAUGAAACUUUGUUAAUUUAGAUUUAUUUUCCAUCAGCGGUCCAACAGUAAUUUAAUCAGAUAAGGAAUAAUUAUCCAGCAGCGAAUAAUAUUUAAAUAUAUUUUAAACCUCAUAAUUUCUUUUUCCUUCUAAUUUGGUGAAUAGUUCCCAUUAAAAUGCUAAUGAUGUAGUCCUCUAUCAAAUGUAUCUUAAACCUUUUUAAUUUUUUAAAUAAAUAAAAAUCUGUUGUAUUUAGAAAAUUAUAUAAAAAAUUUUUUAAGGGUUCGCAUAAUUAUAUUCCAUUUUCGUAUACUAUACGAAUAUUUUCCAAUGAAAUGAAGACAAAGUGGUGAGGUCAUACCGUAUUUAAAUGUUGCUCAGUUUUAAAAAAGUUGAUAUGCAGAUCUGUGAUUUUGACUACCUCUGCAUUUUACAAAACAAAAUCACUUUGUAAUUUGAGGAUUUGUAUAGUAUAUAUAGUAAUUAUUAUUAAAGUAAUCAGAAUGCAUACAUAUGUCUCUACGCAUUUUUCAAACACCUAACAAACAAUGUUAUUGUGCUUUUCUAUGACUUCCAUUAUUUCAUAUUUCUCGUUAAUCUGUAUAUUUUUAUUUUUACAUUUAAAAUGUUCAUAGAGUCAGAAGCUUUAAAUCAAAUGUAGUUAUGAAAACUGAUUGUUUAAAAUUUAAUGUCAAACUUAAAACCCAUGGUUCUUCUAGCACAUAGGUCCAUACUGGACUAUUUAGUACUGGUGCCAUUUUUCUUUACUUGAAUGCUUCAGUUCUUAGCAUCCUUAGUGCAGAUAAUUUUCUUCUAAAUCUAUUUAAAUACAGCAGCGUUGGCACUAACUUACAAUUGGGCACAUGAUUUUCUAUCACAAUUUUUUGUUUCACUACCAAAAUAUCUUGUUUUAAUUUUAGUCUAGUCAUUACUCAGUUAUUACUCUUGACUUAUUUUGAGUGACAUUUCUUAACUUGGUUUUUUUUUACACUAAUUAAUAUUGUAAAUAUUAGAAUAUCAGCCAAUAAAAUACACGCUGGUUGUGAGUGAAAAUAGCCUUGGGUUAAAAAUCACAUCUUUCUCACUAAUUAAAUUAAUAGUUAAUUCUGAUUACAAAAAUGAGUCUUCCUCAUGUCUGAAACUGUUAAAAAGUUUUACAUUGAAACAAAUACUGCAUUGGAGCACAUCUAAUUUAAUACCUUUUCCGAGAGAGGCAUCAAAUAAUUGUUAAUAGAUUGCCUGUAAUUCAGAUUAUUAACAUUGAACAUUGAUUCCAUUUGACUUUUUUUUAAUGCACUUUCAUUUAACUUGACUUACAUGCGAAAUAUUUAAUAAUACACAAAUUGUAAGCAGGAUUUUGAUAUUAUUUAUAGCUAUUUAUAUUUUAUUUUUUAUUAAGUUAUUAAAGCUGAUUGGAUAAAUUAACUUCAGUUUUAAUUUUCAAAAUUGAUUUAUUUUUAAGAAUUUAGCUCUCAAAAGAUCUCUAAUGAUACUGAUAAUAUUAUGUUUCACAUCUAAAUAUAUAGAUCUAGUUAGAAGUUAUGUUUUCAAAUCAGAUUUCAGUUAAAUAAAGUUAAGUGGUCAUUUAUAUGUAUCCUCCUUUUCCUUAUCCCUGGACCCCCACCCCCCUUCUUACCCCUUUCCCCAACCCCAAGUUGUAUUCCUUUACAAGAUACAUAUUAUAUAUGUGAUUGAAGUGAUUGACAUAAAUCUUAUGAGGACAGUUUCAUCAUAGGGUUACUUUCUCUGACUGAAGUCAUUGAUAUGCAGCUUGUGUUUUAGCCAAAGCUCCUCACUUUACACAAAAUUUCUGAAUGGCACCUGGGCAAUGACAGGUCUUAAUUUAAGAUUCCUAUUUAAACUUAAUAUUGAAACAAUAAAAUAACCCUAAUAACUGUUACAUUUGUUUAGGCCUCUCCUCCCUUAGUUGACAUUAAGUUAAAAGUUUAAUUUUUUGUAUUUGGAUGAGAUAAUGAAAGAAAGAAGCUUAUCUAGACUCUUGAAUAGAUGGAGAGUCCAAAAAGAAGAUUUCAGGUUGGACACCUACACAUGAGACUUUAAAAUCAACAAUUUAGUAAUGAAAAUUUGUUUUGUUUUCUUUAGAAUGGGGAAUUUUAGAAUUUUAUUAUUAGUAAAAUUUUUUCUUCACAUUAAAUCAUGUUAUGUAACUUUUAAUUAGACAUACAUGUAAACUGAAGGUAGAUCAAUCUUUUUACUGGAGGAAGCUAUGUUUAAUUCAGUCAACUAAUUGUUCCUUACUAACGGGAAAGUUAUCAUAUUCAUAUUUUUACAUUACAGAUAAAGGUAAAUAUAUUUGGAUUUUCUGUGAUUUUUUGCAAAUUAGUUUCAAAAUGAAGACAGUAAUUCUAGUGUAAUUAUUUAACUAAAUAUUUAAUUGAAAAUGUUAGUGUAAGAAAUGUGUCAUUAUAUUACUGUUAGAUCAAGCGGCUUGUAUCAGCCUGUUUAAACGUUGAAGCCACCCAUCAUCUGCCUGGUGAUCAAGAUGUUAACCAUGUCACUGGUCCAUACACAUUAAACAGUGACAUUGCUAAUUUGGAGUGUAUAGAUAUCUAUGUGGAUGCAACUGACGAAAAUUCAGUAUACUAAAUACCAUGAAGUGCAUCUUUUAACUGAAAUAUUUUCUACAUUCUGAUCCGUUGGUGCCUAAAGUUUAUUUUUUAAAAAGAAUCAAACAAUAAAGAGCGUCAAUUUA